UUAAGGUGGGCCAUCAUUGGACGAAGGCAGCUCCUGUCCUCGUGGCGGAAAAUAGAAAAACCUUAUGGCCGAGCGAAAUAAAGAAACAAAAACAAAAUGAAGGAUUAAUGUAGAAGGAACACGCAUGGAAAACACUUAAAAAAAAAAAAAAAAAUAUUUUAUUUAUUUUAUUUUUUUGCGUCUUCGAUGCGUCAGCAGCUGUCACACUGGGCGAGGAGAGACUAGCUCCGGAAAGUGGAUUUUAACUUUGCUGUUAAAACCUCGAACACACCUCGUGUGAAAGGAGCUACAUCUCACUACGGUUCUAGGGACACUUGGGUGACGUCUGCUCGUCUCUUGUCCCGACUUUCCGUGUAGCCUCCAUUGCCAGCGCACAGGACCUGCUUCCCCGGGAAGUCCGGAAGCUUCGGGAAAACCACAGAGAAGCUGCCCGGGCGGCGAAGUUGAGGGGAGACGGUAAACUUCCUCCGCGUGCUGCCACGUCCGAGCCCGAGCCCCAGCCCCACUUCCUCUGGAGCACAUAGCCGAAAGGACAGCAGCGGAGCUGAGAAGGGGGGGAGGAGACAAACUAGAUUGAAUUAACGCUCUGACAUGCUGCCCAGGCUUCCUGUGUAUCUCCUUAUUUCUUUGCCAGUUCUCCUGGUGCAGGGCAGCACCACCAGUUCACCCAGGAAGAGCUCUGCUGCCCCAGCCAGCCCUCCUCCUCGCCCCCCUCCCCCUCUGGGUGACCCCAGCUGGGCUCUGGGCCUGCGUCUGUACCAGGCCCUACGCUCUGACUCGAGCCCAGUAAACACCCUGUUUUCACCUUUGCUUGUGGCCUCCUCACUUGGAGCGCUGGGUGGAGGCUCUGCAGGCACCACUGCCAGCCAGCUUCAAAACCUCCUCAACACCCCUUCCCCCUCCAAGGCUGGAGCUCAGGCUGGGGAUCUUCUGUCCAGGGCGUUGAAGAGCUUCGCUGAAGCCAACUUGUCCACCUUCCACCUGCACACAUCCUCAGCUGUGUUUUCCAAGCAAGCUCCCGCGGUCAGCCAGGCCUUUGUGAAGGACAGCCAGGCCAGGUUUAGGCUGCAGCAUCAGCCACUGGGUAAAGGAGACUCCAAGGCUGACCUGAAGCAGCUCCAUGGCUGGGCUAAAGCUGGGCUUGGUGGACUGGAAGGAGCUCCUUUGAAGGCAGAAAUCCAGGCCAAGGCUGGGGCCUUGAUACUGGCCAAUGCCCUGCGUUUUAAAGGGCUUUGGGAGAGAGAGUUCAGCGAUGAGAGCAAAGAACAGCGUACCUUCUUGGGGAAGAAAUACACCAAAGUGAUGAUGAUGCACAGAGCAGGUUUGUACCGUCACCAUGAAGACAUUGAGAACAUGGUGCAGGUGCUGGAGUUGCCUCUGUGGGGAGGCAAGGCCAGUCUGGUGCUCCUGCUGCCCUUCCAUGUUGAGAAUCUGACUAGGCUGGACAAACUACUGACCUUGGAGCUGCUGUCCAAGUGGCUGGAGAAGACCAGUAUUACCAGUGUGGCCAUCUCACUGCCAAAGGCAAACAUUACCAGCACAUUCAGUCUGCAGAAACAGUUGUUUGCUCUGGGCUUGACCGACGCUUGGGACCAGAAGCUGGCCGAUUUCUCUGGUGUGUCAGACAAAGGGAAGCUUCAUCUGGGUGGUGUCCUCCACUGGGCUUCCCUGGAACUGGCUUCUCAAGCUGGGAAAGGAGACACAGAUCUAGAGGAGGAGAACAUAGAAAAACCCAAGCUGUUCUAUGCAGAUCACCCCUUCAUCAUCUUUGUUAGAGACAACGCUACCGGAGCCUUGCUGCUGAUGGGAGCCCUUGACCACGCAGAGGGAGAGGCCCUCCAUGAUGAACUGUAGCGCCUUCCAACAUCUUUCUUUUUUUCCCUCUCUUUGUUGUCUGUGCCUCUUACACUCGUUCUCUCAAAGACUGCACACCGGUUUCUAAAUCGAGACAUUGUCAUUCACUAUGGCACAAUAUCACAUCAGACUACAUUUGGCUGUCAUACAUUGACACUGCAUAGUCACACAUUGACUGACACUGAAAGUGCCAUACCCGACACCUAGGCUACACAGCCGCGCACACAGCGACACCUACAUGGCAUACAUAAAUGAAAAUAUUGUAUAAGACAAUAAUAAAGUUGACGGUUACAGCAAAAACACUAACUUUGAGAGACUCCCAGCUUUUUCUCUCUCCCAUGCAUGUGCACCCACACACACACACACACACAUUCAAGGCCUCAGUGAUCAAGUCAACACAAAACAAAAUGACAAACGAGAGUGCACUGAAAACACUAACAUGCUGACAAGCAGAACUGGUUACACUGACACAACACUUACAGCAGCAUCAACAAAGCACUUUAACGAACAGAGGCUCACAGUGACACUUGAAUCAUCCCUGUCAGGCAAACACCAGGGAAGGUGUGUGUGUGUGUGUGUGUGUGUGUGUGUGUGUGCGCGUGUGCGUGUGUGUACUGUAUAUGUUUGUGUGGUGACCGACAGAUUAACGAUACCCAUGCAGCCUCUCUCAGAGCUGGCAGGGACCUAUGGUAGGGUCCCCUGGGCUAGAUCUGAGGAAGACUGAUGGAUCAGCCAAGUGCUUAUUGAUGAGCCAGCUUAAUGCUAAUGGCCGUAAUGAGUCACACCGCUUGUCAACAACACAGAGAGGGCAGGGAACCUUUUAAUCUCCUAAUACCAUCAGGGAUCAAUGAUACCGUAAUGCUGUUGGAAACAAACAUUACUGACACCGCUUGACUUAAGUGCAACAACUUAAUAUUUAGGAUGAUUACAGCAAAUCAAAAAGGUAUUGAUUUUCAUUUGUGUGUGUGUGUGUGAGUGAAUGGACAACAGUCACUAAUUUUCUACUUUUGGAAUUUAUAUUUGAUAUUCGAUAAGGUGCAGGUGCAUUUUUUAAAAAUAAAUAUUUCUGGCCUUUUUUUUUUACUUACUUUUUUUUUCCACUUGAGCUACAGUAUAUUUAUCAUCGUCUUCACCUGAUCUUGAUACAAACCAAUCAAUCAAACCUGUGCUAUUAAUGUAAAAUACAUGUGGACUGCAGCUCCAUCUUCCUUGACAGCACUUUUUACUUCUACCCUGAACUGAAUUGACUGACAUUGAGCCUCAAGGGUGUAUGGAGGCAGAUUUAAAGCCCUGAACUAGCAUCAGUUAUUGAAUUUUGGUGGCAACACAUGACAGACUUGCAGUGCCCGAAAAGUGUAGCAGCAACUUUGUCAACACACUCACCGAAUGCUUCCAAACAAGCAACGGUAGAAUAUGUUUUUUCCAUUCCCACCAAUGAAUAAUUGAGAAAUAAAAUAUAUAAAUGUGUUCAUAAAAUCCUUCUUGUCAUCCCUCUUGAACAGUGUUAGCGUUUAUGUAUCUUCAAUGUUUCAUUAAA